UAUAUUCAAUUCGACCAAGUAGGUAUGCCGCACUAUAUGUAUACUACAUGGCCAUAUUAUAGUUAUUAUGUUGAUGAAACCCGACCGUCUUCAUCUCAUGUUUCCUAUGCACAACAACAAUUAAAUCCCUACCCCACUCAACAGCCACAACAGACUUAUCAACCUCGUUAUUCUACACAACCUGGGACGAAUUUCUCUGUUGGGCAGACUUCAAGCACUCCUGGAUCAACUCGGGCACCAAGGCCUCCAACUUAUUUCAACUUACCAAUGCCUCCACCUAUUCUUCCUCAAAACAUUCCCUUACCGCCUAUUCGACCAUCAACUUUUAAUGCUAUUAAUUUUGGUUCAGAAUUAAAUGGUAAUUAA